UGAUUUACAAUAUAUUUAAGUUUAAUAUGAUUGAUUUACAAUAUAUUAUUUUUAAAUUUAUUUCCCCUUCACUAUUUUCAGCUUAUUCUCAAUCAACCUAUUCUGGAAUUCCUUGGUUCUUGGGCUUGACAAAGUAAAUCCCAAGUUUGUGAGCUUAUUACGUUUCUUUUAUUGCUUUUGCCUUGGAUUCUGAAUAGUUGGAUGCAGUUAACAUUGAUGUAUCAUUUUGCAAAAUUCUAUUAGAGGAAAAUAUUUUCAUACACAUUUAACAUGUAAAAUUAAUAUUAGAGGAAAAUAUUUACGGCCGGGUCCAUUUUUUGGUAAAAUUAAUAUUAGAAUAUGUAUUUUCAUACACAUGUAAACAAAUAUACUUAUGUGACAUUUGAUUUUCUUGAUUGCUUUACUGCCUUCAAUGAAUAUGUUCGUAUACACAAUAGAUGAGUACUUCGGCGGUUGAAGUUAGUGGUGAAAAGGUGAAAGCAAUGUGGGAUAAGAGAUUGACAGAAAUAUUUUGUGAUAUUUGUAUUAAAGAGAUAUUGAAAGGCAAUAGGCCUGGUACUCAUUUUAUAAAAGAUGGAUGGUUGAAAAUAAUGACCAACUUUGAGAAAGAAACGGGAAAAGGUUUUUCACAAAGACAACUUAAAAAUAGGUGGGAUGCCCUUAAAAAAGAAUCGAAAGCUUGGAAGAAACUUAAAGGCGAAGAUACUGGUCUAGGGUGGAAUCCUAUAAAAAGAACUGUUGAUGCAUCGGAUGAUUGGUGGGAGAGUAGGCUACAGGUUGUGCCUAAAGCUCAAAAAUUUCGAACUUCGGGCAUUGAUCCCGAAUUUGAAGGGAAGUUAGAUCAAAUGUUCAUGGAGAUAGUUGCAACAGGAGAUAAAGCAUGGGCACCUUCUUCUGGUACACUCCGGAGUGAUUUUUUUGAGGAUGUUACCAACGAAAUACCUAAAGAGAAUGAAGAAGAGAAUAUGAGAAAUGAUGUUCACAUUUUGAAUGAUGUUUACAUUUCAAAUGAUGUUCACAUGUCAAAUGAUGUUCAAAUUGAUGGGAACGGUCAAAAAAGAAAAAACCCGGAGAUAUCAAGUUCACAUUUUAAAACUGGAAGAAAGAAAUCCUCAAAGCAAAUUGGAGGGGCUGCAAAAUUGUCCAGUCAAAUAGAAAAAUUAUGCAAUGCAACUGAUAAUAUGAGUCAAGCCACAUCUAGUUUGACUCCUGGUAUGGAUCCAUAUGAUAUUCCGCAAGCAGUCAAAGUGCUUGACAGCAUGUCGGAGGAAGUUCCAAAAGCUAGUCCGCUAUACUUUUUCGCACUUAAAUUAUUGCUCAAUAAGGACAAGCAAAUUAUGUUUUUAUCAAUUAAUCCCAAGAUUAGAGCUUUGUGGUUUAAUUCAGAAAUGGAGGAUAGUUGAACAUUUUCUGAUCUUCUAGGGUUCAGAGAUAUCUAUUAUGUGACUAAACAACAAUGCUAAACUAGUUUUAUCAAUAG